AUGGACGAGAACUCAUCUUCGUUUGUUCAACUGCAUCGUGACGAUUCUGGCUAUGGUUCUCCAGUGCUGAAUCAUGAAUUUCUAAGCCCACAUCAAUCUUCGUCAGCUUAUUAUUCCUAUCAACAUACGUAUCAUCCGCAUAUUCCGUAUUCAAAUAAUUCAUUUCAUAUGUACGAUCAAUUAAUUGGCAAUAAUAAUGUUUAUAAUACAAUCGAUUCAUCGAUGACAAUGCCUGCUGAACAAUUAUCGGGUCCAACACUUGAUCUAUGUUCAUCGCCAUUACCUGUUUGUACGAAUUCAUCGUCUACACCAUCAAGAGAUUCAAACAGUAGUAAUAUCUGUCCUCCUUAUGACUAUAAAAUAAAUUGGGUUCCACCGCAAGGUCGUCGUCGCCGGCAACGAACUGUAUUUACACAAACUCAUGUUCAACAACUCGAUAGUGUAUUUAUGCAUAAUCAAUAUCCCGAUAUUGAAUUACGUGAAACACUUGCUGCUCAAAUGGGUGUUCCGGAAUCACGAAUUCAGGUUUGGUUCAAAAAUCGACGAACACGCGCACGAACAGCACAUCGCCAGCAAUUUAAAUUAUCCGAAUCAUCUUCAUCUCAUUAA